AAUGGGUUGCUCAGCGACAUCAUUAAUCGUGGUUCCUAAACGGACGACAGAAUCAGCCAAUGUAGAAGUAUUUACCGAAAGACAGAAAAUUCUUGUAAGAAAAACAUGGAAGUAUCUCUCAAAUGAUCUGACUGGCUAUGGAACAAUGGUAUUUCUGCGCAUCUUUGAGCAGCAUCCUCACGUAAAGAAACUUUUUCCUUCAAUAUGUAAUGACGAGGGAGAAACCCUGCUUAAAAAUCCGCUUUUCAAGGGUCAUGCUUCCCGUUUCAUGCAGGCUGUUGGUGCCGUCGUAGACAAUCUAGAUAAUUUGGAAGAAGCUUUAGCACCACUCCUAAUAGGUCUAGGUAGAAAUCACAUCAAUUUUAUGGGUUUUAGAAGCGAGUAUUUUGAAGCCUUUACCCACGCAAUGGUACAUGUUUGGAAAGGUCAGCUAAAACAAAGAUUUACUGAUGAGGUAAAAGAAGCAUGGAUGUGCGUUUUCAAUUUUAUAAUGCAAAAACUGCAAGAAGGCUAUAAAAUGGCGCUAGAAGAAAACGGAAUGUCAGAAGAAAUACAAGAAAUGUCCAGAGAAUCUUAA